UCCAACAUGGCGGCCACCACAGUGUACUGUAUUACAUUGCAGUCAGCAUUUCCCAUUUUUUCGUUUAUCUACGCAGUAAACUCCCUUGAAAAUUCAAAAUGAGACCAUGGUGUUUCGCAAAGCGGGCGCUCACCUCUGGCGGUCCUCUCGGUGUUUUCGCCAGCAAAUACACCGGUUUCUGGUUUGGCGUUUCGGCCCGUGCGGGGCUCCCGGUGAGGCACUACAAUCAGGCGGCACUUGACGGCCGUGGUGAACCGGCUAAGCUAGCUUGCUGCUACCGCCUGGGCCACAGGACCAUUCUCCGUGUCAAUGGAAGCGAUAUUAGCCCCUUCCUCCAGGGGCUUGUGACCAACGACGUGCUUGCCCUGGAGGAGGCCGGAUGCGGGGCCUUAUAUGCGCACAUGCUCAACGUACAAGGGAGGACGCUCUAUGACGUCAUGUUGUACAGUCAUCAAGAAGCCGAUAAAGGAAGUUGCGUUCUCCUUGAGUGUGACAGUACCAUGAAGGACUCCCUCUCGAGACACCUAAAAGUGUACAAGACCCGCAGAAAGAUCGACAUAAACCUGUGUCCCGACCUGUUUGUGUGGGCAGUGCUCCCCAUGCAAAAAACCCAACAUUUCUUUAAACCUGAGCUGUCGUCUCCAGAGAAGGCCGUGGUGUGGGAGAUGGAUCCACGAACACCAGACAUGGGGUGGCGAUUGGUGCUGGAUAGUCGGGUGGACCCCUUGGAUGUGAUUGCGUCAUGUGAGAAAGGGGACAUAGAGGAUUAUCACAGGCAUCGCUAUUUCAUAGGACUUCCCGAGGGCGUGAAAGACCUCCCUCCUGGCGUGGCGUUACCUCUCGAAUCCAAUCUCGUCUACAUGCAAGGCAUCAGUUUCAGCAAGGGCUGCUACAUCGGCCAAGAGCUCACGGCCAGGACUCAUCACACCGGCGUGGUUCGCAAACGCCUCAUGCCGGUCCGCAUGUCGGCGCCCGUCCAAGACCUGGAGGAGGGAGCUACGCUGCAAACACAGUCGGGCAAGCCAGCUGGGAAACACCGUGCGGGGGUGGGAAAGCUGGGCCUGAGCCUGAUCCGCAUGGCCCACGCCAAGGAGGUGUUGACGGUCAAAUCUACUGAUGACGCCCAAGUGACACUGGAGGCCUCCGUGCCCGACUGGUGGCCUAAAGAUGUGCAAAGCAACUGAUGGGUGUGUGUGUGUGUGUGUGUGUUGGGAGGAGGGGUGGGGGGGGAGGGGGGGGUCUGUCGGCAUUCCUUCUUGUAACGUGACUUACAUGACUUGUGACACAUUUCAAAUAGAAGCCCUGAGUGUGUCUUUGCCUGACUGACAAAACUAGAAUAUGGUGUUUCUUUUGAAGGACAAAUCAGGAGAUUGACAUGGGCCGCAGCACUAACCAAAGUCAUCAAUUGUGAGUUUUGAAUCAAUAUUACAAAUUAAAUUAUGUAUACCACCUUAGAAUUUUAAAUAAAGGUAUCUAUCUAAAUCUGAGUUUCCCAAAAUGUACUACUAAAAUUGGUAAGCAAUUGAGGUCAUUUCUUUUUGGACUGUACUGCUCGACUGCAGCCAGUAGGGGCGCUGUUGGGUCAGUCUAAACUAGUUGGCUGGCAUUUUUGGCCUUUAUUUUGAAAAUACAUUUUUUUCUGUGUUAAACCAUUAACUUAUGGAUAUUACAUAUCAAUGUGAUGCAAUAAAUUACUUAAUUUGAACAAG